AUGGCCCCCAAGACUCACAGCCGAGCUCGAAAGCCCGUUGUUCAGAUCCUUGAUCCUCAACAGGACAUAAAGAGGACUACUUCUUUGACAGCACAGACAGACCCAUCGGGUCAUCCCUCGCAGAUCGAAGGCGACACGAGCCCUUCGCAAGCGGAAUCCAAGUUUCUAGAUCCCUCCGCAUCAUUCGGUGUGGAUAUUCCUGUGCAUCCCAUAAACUUUUUGGAAGGUCGUGAAACUUGCACAGUGCUUGAUCUCAUUUCUGUCCCUCUUCCAUCCCCUAUCCAUGCCCAUAAAAAGGACAUUAGACGAUCGACCCGGGGGGUCGCGAAGACAGACAUCGAGAUACCUGUAGGGGAGAAGCUGGAGCAGGUUGUCUUUGUUCCCAACCUUCCCGAUCAGUUCCUUGCUCCCGGAAUGGGGUUGAUGAAGCGACUUAGGCUUGAUCUUCGUGGUUCCAGUGAUGAUCGUCAGCUAUCAGGCAAAAUCUGUGCUGCGUCUACUCAGCGCGGCCUCGCGCCCAUCUUGUAUUCUGAGAAAGAUGUGGAGACUUAUCUCCGUCAGACAGUUGACAUACCUGUAUCACUCAUAGCACAGCGUCUGCUCGAUGAAGGGCUUGGGACAUCUCUCGACGAAGGUGGAGAGCCUUUGAACGGCCAUGAACGCAGCCUUCAACUGCCCUUUGUCUCAGCUGCUCCUUCCACAUAUGUUGAUCCUCAUGGUGUAUCAAGGGCCAUUGUCCUGGACGCGCUGCAUGUGCUGAAGCUCGAUUUUCACCCACAUGACGUGAACAAGGAAGAAGGACGAACUUAUCCUCUAGCGUACGUUCUUCGUGAGGACAAAACCCCGCAUAUCCUACCCGAGAACCCUGAAUUGAGUCCAUUGCAUGAAUUCUUCGUCACUCGCAAAGACGUCGACAUGUUUGACAACGCUACGGAUGACAAUACACUGCCAGCAUCGAGAUUUGUGCCUCCCACGUCGAAAUCCGCGGGAGAUAGAAUGUCGAUUGGGUCGAAGAUUUUAUCCACACAGAACUGGGUGUACAAUACGCCUUUCAGUAUUUUGAGCUCCUAUUAUUCGACAAUAUUCUCGUAUUAUCACAAGGGCUGCCUCUACUUCUCCAGAUCUUAUCCAAAAGGGCCCGAAGCUUUCUGCACUCAAGUCUGCUGGUGCCUUGCUGCGUCAGGUCUUUUCAAAGACACAUUUGGAUCUGCUCCUCUUCUACCUAAGGUUGAUGUGACAUGGUGGACGCCGAGGAUGAAGGCGUACCAGAUAGCCGGGAACGUUCCACUGGCACGCACCGACAAACUCAUCGCUCGAAAGGAGGCGAAAGCGUUUAAGGUCAAGAAAUUGAAGGAAGAAGAUGAACAUGUUCGACAUGCGAUAAAAGGCAGUACAGUUGGUGAAGAGAUUGAGAAGACGAAUGACGAGAUAGCACAAGGGCGGGAGAGGUAUGAUAACACUACAAGGGUAUUGCAGGAGGAGAUAAUUCGGGAGACCUCUUCUGCAUCUGCCGCAUCUACCGCAUCUUCAGCCUUGGCUGUCACUUCCGCCUGUAAGGCUCCGUAA